CGAGAGCGCACAACAUGAACGUCCACCGACUGGAUAGCAGUGCUUCGUUGUAGAAGGUGCAGCGCUGACUCCCCAAAUUUCUUUUUACAGUGCCGCUCCUUGGCAAUUACUUUACAUGAUCGGUAAUGCCCGAGAUGAAUCCUCGGAACACCUACAAGAGUUUCGCCGAGGAAGACACCAUCUACGAGAGAGAAGGAAUUCUCACAGAACUGUGGAACGAGUCCACGGACGAGCCGCCACUGAAUGGCGGAAAGAAACAGAAGUCGCGAUGUGGGAGACUCUGGUUGACCCCCAUACUGUACACUCACUUCUGGAUAUCCGCAGCCUGCCUGCUUCCGGUUCCUUUUUAUCCCCCGCUGGCGUCGUCCAGAGGACUUGAACCAUGGAAAUUUGGGUUCGUCUUCUCCGCCACCAAACUCGGGAUGCUCAUGGGAUCGGUGCUGUCGGAGCGCGUUUCCCACGCAUCGUCACCCCGAGUUGGAUACCUUACUGGGCAGCUGGGCGUCAUUGUGUCGUGUCUUCUGACAACUGUACUGUACUGGAUCCGCGACGCAGACGUACUGCUCGGAUGCUCCAUAGUCGUCUCGCUGGCUUGGAGCACUACCAUGACCCUGUACUUCAGCAGCAUAUACGCAGUACUAGCGUCAACGUAUGAAGACAGGGCUGGAUUACUUAUCGCCUCGAUGGAGUUCCUCUUCGGUGUCGCGUCUCUAGUUGGGCUCUGGCUCGGUGGUGCUCUCAUAGACGCGUGGGCUUUCCCUCUACCUUUCUUCUUCAUGUCUGCGUUCACAGCACUCUCCCUGCCCUUCAUGUUCGCUAUAAAGCCAAAGUGGAAGCCACAAAGUAGUCCUGAUGGCAAUCAUUUCGCUGAUGCGGUGCUGGAGGAGGAAAGAGCUGAGGACAUCCCUAUCAAGUACUGGAGGCUGAUCCUCAGCCCUGUCUUUGUCAUUGAUAUGCUGACGGGAGCCCUGCCAAUUGCCAUGAUGGCCUUCAACGAAGAUACCCUAGAACCUUAUCUUAGACAGUUCCACUUGAGCAGCACGGAGCUGGGCACCGUUUUCACUGUACAGUCUUUGGGCUACUCUUUUGGAGCAAUCGUUUCAGGAUUCUUCAGUCUCUACAAGCUGGAUUCGUGCAUUAUGCUCCUGGGAACUGCCCUAUGCGCCAUAGCUUUUCUCGUCGUCGGCCCGGCUUCUUUCAUCGAAAUAGGCCCAGAUCUGAACCUGGUGUACCUGGCCAUGAUCCUCAUGGGAUUUGGAAAUGCACCACAAUUCAUUUGUGGGUACAUACAUGGACAGCGAACAGCUAUCCGCAUUGGAUACCCGGACGAUAUUCGAACGACCAGCGUCGUUUCGAGCGCUUUCUUUGCAACUCUGUGCCUGGGAUCCGUGGGCACAGCCCCUCUUGCUGGAUACGCCGUGUCAGUCUAUGGAUACAGAAGGUCGACCGUCGCUGUAUUUGGUGCCUUACUUUGUUGGGUCAUAGUAUUGUGCACUUUGUGUGCGGCGGAUUGGAAAGCUGGCACGCGUAUCAAGAAUGGACGAAAAUAUCAAACGAUCUGAAAAGUUACCACGCAGCCAUGCAAGGGGUCGUCUUGCAAUAAAGAAGCACCUCCCUCCUUUUCACACAAGGGACAUGCUGUGUCAGCGGAUGUUUUUUUUUAAUAUUUUUUUUCUCUUCGGAAUUAUAUUUAAUGCAGGGCGGUCCGUAUUGACUCACAGACUACGGCGAAGCACAGUGCCAAAAGGACGGAAACGACAGCGAAUGUGCGCGAGGAAAAAUUAGUUAUUGUUACUUAAAAAAAUAUUCAUUAAAGUGGAAGAAUAAAAGUUACACGACAAAUGAC